CAAAUAGGGAAAGGGCGCACCGCAGGUUGUCGUUUGAUGCCUGUUGUAAUUUGUAAAGCCAACUGGACAGACAUCGCAUACUUGUUCUGAAGCGAAGAUCAACAACUGCUUUUGCUUUCUCUGGUCGUGAAAAUCUCUCGGAGCUCUUUCUUGUGUUUUUUUCCCCAGUACAAAAGAGUUGUCAAAUUAGGGUUUGUUCUGCUACUAGUUUUUUGUUUUUAGGUUGUAAACCAAACAGAGAGAACUCUAAUGUCAGGUCUCCAUAGAUCUUCGAGCGCUCCUUUGAAGAACGGUCUACCUCCUCAAGAACUCCUCGACGAUCUCUGCAGUCGGUUUGUUUUGAAUGUCCCAAAAGAAGAUCAACAGUCAUUUGAGAGAAUUUUGUUUCUGGUGGAGUAUGCACAUUGGUUCUAUGAGGACAACUCAGUGGAAAACAAUCCAUCGCUGAAAUCAUUCACUCUGAAGGAGUUUACAUCUUUAAUGUUUAACAGCUGUGAUGUUUUGAGACCUUAUGUUGCUCACAUAGAUGACAUAUUCAAGGACUUCACUUCAUACAAGGUUCGAGUUCCUGUCACUGGAGCUAUCAUUCUAGACGAAUCAUAUGAACGGUGCUUAUUAGUGAAGGGAUGGAAGGGGACAAGUUGGAGUUUCCCCCGUGGGAAGAAGAACAAAGACGAGGAAGACCACACAUGUGCAAUCAGAGAAGUCCUUGAGGAAACAGGUUUUGAUGUUUCAAAACUCUUAAACAAAGAUGAAUAUAUCGAGAUGAUAUUUGGGCAGCAGAGGGUGCGGCUUUACAUUGUUGCUGGCGUGAAAGAUGAUACUGCCUUUGCCCCACUCACCAAAAAGGAGAUCAGUGAAAUUGCAUGGCAUCGGCUUGACGAACUUCUACCAGCGAAUGAUGAUGUUAUAUCUCGGGGGAUUACUGGCCUGAAGCUUUACAUGGUUGCUCCUUUCUUGGCAUCUUUGAGAGCGUGGAUUUCAACACACCAGCCCCCAGUAGCUUCAAAACCUAAUAUGCCUUUGAAAGGAAUUAGUAUAUGGAAGGCGAAGAACAGUUCCACAGGGAGCAGCUCAAUGAUAACAGAAAAUCAACCAACUAAACCUGUAGUAGAUGCCAACUCCAUGGACACAGGUCCUGGCAGAAGCUUUAGAAAUUUCCGUUUUGAUACCAAUUUGAUAAUCCAAGCAAUGGAAACUGCUUUCUUCUCGUGAUGCUGAAUCGCUGUUUGUAGUGGACGAGUUUUAUGCAACCACAUGGUUUGUUGAGUUUGUAGCUGUUGCGUAUGCAUCUUUUCGACAGCAUUUAUGACCUCUUUGUGUUUGCUUGGUAGCUGUGCCGACUUUGUUUUGUAAAUGAUUACAAGGUUAGAGAUAUAUGUAUAUAUUCUGUGCAGAAACUCUUCUGGCAAA